GACGCCAGGCAGUCAGAUCGUAACAGAGAGAUUUGAGGUGACGUGGGAAAGCGUCAUGGUCAGCUCUCACAAUGCCAUCGUGCUGAAGUUCGACGGCCGCGGGAGUGGCUUCCAAGGCACUAAGCUAUUGCACGAGGUGAAGAGGAGACUGGGCCUUUUGGAAGAGAAGGAUCAGUUGGAAGCUGUCCGGACAAUGCUGAAGGAGCAUUACAUUGAUAAAAUGCGAGUCGGUGUGUUUGGGAAGGAUUACGGUGGCUACCUGAGCACUUACAUGCUUCCAGCUGGUGAAGAGAACCAGGUGUUUGCCUGUGGAGCUGCUCUUUCCCCGCUGACAGACUUCAAGCUAUAUGCUUCAGCCUUUUCUGAAAGAUACUUGGGCUUGCAUGGGAUUGAUAACAGAGCAUAUGAGAUCACUAAAUUAGCACACAGAGUCUCAUUACUGAAGGAACAGACAUUUUUGAUCAUUCAUGCUACUGCUGAUGAAAAAAUACAUUUUCAGCAUACUGCGGACCUUAUCACACACCUAAUUAGGGCAAAGGCUAAUUACAGCUUGCAGAUUUACCCUGAUGAAAGCCAUUAUUUUAGCAAUGCAGCACUGGAGCAGCAUUUGUACAACUCCAUCGUCAACUUCUUUGUGGCAUGUUUCCAAGUUCAGGACAAACUCCCGAUAGCCCCACUGAAAGAGGAGGAGGACGACGAUUAACCCUACUUGUCCGUGCUAAGCACAAGGCAGAUGUUCUCUAAUAUGCAACUGGAUCAUUUUCCUGGUGAAAGAGAUGUUACGUUGUUAGCAUGUAUUUAAA